CCUUUGGGGCAUCUCUGUCAUGUGCUUAUAGUCAUUCCUUUCCAUCUAUGUUAUACUGAUCUUACUCCAGGCCUCUUUCAUAUUGUGCUUUGUAAUGAAUUUCCAACUGCUCACCCUUUCUGAUGGACAAACCGCCCCUCAUAUCUUCCAAGAGAGACAACUGAGACAUGAACUGGAGGAGGGGAGAGACGACUAGGCGGGUGAAGUGCAUAGCUGGAGACUCAGAGCAGGACCUGGGCUCGAGGAAGCUGGAGGACGCACCUGUUAGCAUCGCUAAUCCAUUUACUAAUGGACAUCAAGAAAAAUGUUCAUUCCUCCUCAGACCAACUCAGGGGACAUUUCUUAGGGAGUAUGAUGGAAGGUCUGAUCUUCAUGUUGGAAUAACUAACACAAAUGGGGUUGUAUAUAAUUACAGUGCACACGGUGUCCAGCGAGAUGGAGCAGGGUGGGAACAGAGCAUAAGCAUCCCAUUACUGCAGCCCAACAUGUAUGGAAUGAUGGAGCAAUGGGACAAGUACCUGGAAGACUUCUCCACCUCCGGGGCCUGGCUGCCUCACAGGUAUGAAGAAGACCACCACAACUGCUACACUUACACACUCACGUUCAUAAACUGCGUUCUGAUGGCAGAAGGUAGACAGCAACUGGACAAGGGUGAAUUUACGGAAAAGUACGUGGUCCCGCGGACAAGGCUGGCAUCCAAGUUCAUCACACUCUACCGGGCGAUACGGGAGCAUGGUUUCUAUGUCACUGACUGUCCCCGGCAGGAGGUGCAACCCCCUGAGGGUGGCGGUUUGUACUGAGAGCUAUGUAAGUGCAGCCUGGACAUUGGGGGUAGGGUGGUUGCUACCUUUAAUCAGUACUAUGGAUUUCUAAAUGCAUUUAACUGUGGUUAAUAAAAAUGUGUAUGGGCUGGGCGUGGUAGCUCACGCCUGUAAUCCCAGCACUUUGGGGGGCUGAGGCGGGUGGGUCGCCUGAGGUCGGGAGUUUGAGACCAGCCUGACCAACAUGGAGAAAUCCCGUCUCUACUAAAAAUACAAAAUUAGCCGGGUAUGGUGGCACAUGCCUGUAAUCCCAGCUACUAGGGAGGCUGAAGCAGGAGAAUUGCUUGAACCCGGGAAGCAGAGGUUGUGAUGAGUUGAGAUCGUGCCAUUUCACUCCAGCCUGGGCAACAAGAACAAAACUCCAUCUCAAAAAAUAAAUAAAAAGUAAAAACAUGUAUGGCUUCCCUUCAAGCAUAUGUCAGCUUACUACAUCAUAAGACUUCAUAAAAUAAAAAUUGCCCUAGGUUUUAAAAAUUAAAUGCAUUCCAACAAAA